GGUGCCUGUGUGCAGUCAGCGAGGAUCGUGGAGCGCCACAGUCAGCAGAGACGCGCGCUUGGUUUAUUAUCAUGCUUCAGUUCAAAUACUGGAGACGCGUGUCUUCUCUCAUCUAAAACACAGCCUGUAGUUCAAAGUCUAGACUUGUUAGUUUGGGGAUAAACGACACUCGCUGCUUCCAAAACUGUUUUAUCGACUGUCUGACAUAAAUUUGGGAUUAAAAUGGUCAUCAGGGUUUACAUCGCGUCUUCAACUGGCUCUGUCGCGGUGAAGAAGCACCAGCAGGCUGUGGUGGGUUUCCUAGAGGCCAAUCGAAUUAGCUUCCAGGAAGUGGAUAUCACAAUGCUGGAGGAGCAGAGGCUCUGGAUGUACCGUAACAUCCCCAAGGACAAGCAGCCGGAGAAAGGCAACCCACUGCCUCCACAGAUCUUCAAUGAGGAUCGCUACUGUGGUGACUAUGAAGACUUCUUUGAGUCAAAGGAGAAUAACACUGUGUUUGCAUUCCUUGGGCUCAGUUCCCAAACCUCCUUGAAAGAUUCUGAAUCAUAGCCUAGAUCAAACUGGUGGUGUGUGGCGUCCAGGGGACCUUAAACUACGAGGA